UGAUUUUCCUUUUAUUUUGCGUGCCGCUUUUGAUCAACUGGUAUCUGAAUUUUUGUCAAGUCGUAAACCCAAGCAACAAAGGAAAGCAAUAAUUACCCAGGAAGACUAUGAUUUAAUUAUAAGUAUCCUAAAAAAUCCCAAAGACGUGUCUAAUGGAACUGCAAAGCAUCAUUUUUGGGCAAAAAAUAAUAAAUAG